AUGGUGCCACAAACAAGCCAGGAGCAGGUGCCGGCCUCUCUGUCCAUUCACAAUGGAGACAUGGAGAAAAUACUCCUGGAUGCUCAGCACGAGUCGGGGCGAAGCAGCUCCAGGGAAAGCUCGCACUGUGACAGCCCUCCUCGUUCACAGACACCUCAAGACAGUAACAGAGCUUUGGAAAUAGAGAGUCACAGCAGUGGAGAAAAGAACAGCUUUCAGUCUGAGGAAGACUUCCUUGAGAGGCGGAGGGAAGUCGAAAGGCUCCUGAAGAAGAACGCGGAUUGGAUCUGGGACUGGUCCAGCAGGCCUGAGAACAUCCCGCCAAAGGAAUUCCUCUUUAAACAUCCCAGGCGCGCAGCCACCCUCAGCAUGAGAAACACAAGCGUAAUGAAGAAAGGGGGCAUAUUUUCAGCAGAAUUCUUGAAAGUUUUCCUUCCGUCUCUGCUACUUUCCCAUUUGCUUGCCAUUGGACUGGGGUAAGUUUACAG